AUGAAGUUCAUCAUCUGCUUUGCUCUCUGCUUCGCCGUCGCUCAGGCUGGCUUCCUGGCUUCGCCGGUUACCUAUGCUGCUGCUCCUUCGUAUGCUGCCACCUAUGCCGCUGGACCUGUGGCCUACUCGGCACCCGUGACCACCUAUGCUGCUGCUGCUCCAGCUUACUCCACCUAUGCUGCUGCCGCUCCAGCUUACACAUCCUACGCUGCUGCUGCUCCAGCUUACACAUCCUACGCUGCUGCUGCUCCAGCCUACUCGACCUAUGCCGCUGCUGCUCCUGCCUACACAACCUAUGCUGCAGCUGCUCCUGCGUACACCACGUAUGCCGCUGCCGCUCCAGCCAUCGUCAGCCCAUUCCUGAAGAAGAAGUAA